GCCUGUGAGCAUUCCGAACGUAUCGCUCACAGGGGGAACUCCCAGAUAAGGGAUGAGCUUUAGGCUGCCUUCACGAUCUGGGAGGGCCGCUCAGGCGGUUAGGACGAGAGUUCGAGGGCCAGCGAGUCCGGAACCGCCGACUAAGGAUAUUCCCGGGUCGAGCGGGGAGAAGGAAGUUGUAGAACCUCCGGUGAAUGAGGAGGAGGAGGAUGACCGCCUAAGGAACGAGGAGGAUGAAAAGGCAGAGCAAAGAGUCAAGAAGAGGGGCGUUAAGGCCGAUACGGAAAAGACCCCGGAGCAGAAAAAGAAGAAGUACACAGUUAGGGUGGAGAAAGGAUUCAACGUGGAAGAGAUUAUGGACCGAAUCCUUGAAGGACAUAACCACCUCAUGAACUUGAAAGAUGUCUUGGCAUCGGCGCCAAAACUGCGAGAAGAGCUCAAGGCACGUUUGUGCAGGAAGAUGGUGGUUUGCGUACGGUUAGGGGCCAUAAUCCCUAAGGAAGCUGAGUGGUCGGAGACCGGUACGAAAAUGGACUGGAAGUCCGUGGCGUGCGGGUGUUUUGAUGUUGUUGUAAAGGGGAAAGCAUGCACGGCAAUGGUGGACACAGGUGUAGAAAUGAACAUCAUCAAGGAGGAGGAUGCCCUGCCCCUGGGGAUGGAGAUAGACCGCUCCGACAAUGGUAUUUUUGUAGGAGCAAAUAGUCAAUCCAUUUUUGUGGGGAUCGCAUCCAAGGUGGUGCUGGAGAUCGGGAAGAGCACCUGCGAAAGCUCGUGCGCCCAGGACAAAAUUGUGAGUGGGGAGAUAAAACAGGAGUCUAUGAUAAAGAACCUGAAGAAGGAGUUUGAAGAAGGAGGACUGGUAUUGGGAGUGCCAGACCAUGCGGUCGUUAUGACCAGACCCUUUAUCAUAGAGACAGAUGCAAGACCGACUGCUUUGGGAGGAGUGUUGAUCCAGAAAGACCUCAAUGGAGAGGAGCGACCGCUAAGAUUCGAGAGUCGAACGCUUAAUACGGCUGAGAGAAACUACUCUCAGUUCAAGCGCAAAACCUUAGCAGUCCUCCAUUGCUUGAGAAUUUUCAGAAACUACCUCUUUGGCAGCAGGUUCGUGUUGAGGGUGGACCCAACCGGUCUAGUUGGUUCGCUGAAGAACUACGCUCCCUCAGAUCCAACCAUUGCCAGAUGGCUGACGUACAUCUGGAUAUUUGAUUUUGAACUGGAGCGGAUUCCAGGGAACAAAAAUAGGGCGGAUGGGUUGAAUCGAGUCGACUGGAGCAAGAACAGCGAAGGAGUGAUCGAGGAUACUCCCCUAGUCGACGGGUUUUUGGACGAUGAGGAGGAUGUGAAACUUCACAUCAACUCUUGGUCUUUGGCGGUAGGUAACUACAUUACUCCUGGACGACCGGUGUGGCUGACACCUCCAGGGUAUGCAUGCUUGCCAAACUUAGUCCUUAAACCCUAUGUGGAGGAGGACUCAUGGGGACUGCCGGAUGUGCAGUGGAUGAUGGAUCUGGCCUUGGCAGACAAACACAAGUUGGGUGAGGACCUGAUCACGAUGGAGGAUGAAGCCCGGCAGGUGGAGGAUCAUGAAAGGUCUAUAGGAGGGGUUUAUCUCUUGGCCAAUGCCUUGUUGCAGGAGGAAGUGGCUAGAAGCGCUAGGAAGGAUCAGGAAAGGAGUGAGAAUGUGAUCCAUGAGAGAGAUGGCGAUGAUUUCGAAGAAGGCAAGAUUAAGGAGGUUUUUCGAGCAGAAGAGUAUGAUGGGGUUUAUCUUGAACUCAGAAUACUUCUUUCGUGCGAAAUGAGAGAAAAAGAUGUCAGCGAGAAAGUCUUGAAGAUGAAACCAAACUUUCUGGUAAGGGAUGGACACCUGUUCAUGAAGAGCAAGGGGAGGAAUCCCAGGAGGGUAGUCUGUGACAUCACUCGUCAGAUCGAUGUCAUGGUCGCCCUGCACGAUGGCACAACUGGAGGGCAAAGGAGUACUGACACAACGCAUGCAAUAUUCCCUAUCGAGAGUUUCCUGAAGACAUGGAGGCGGCAUGACCUCGAGUCAGAGUUGACGUUCGAGGAACUGCUCGAUUUAAGGGCGCGUCAGAUCGGAGCCAUAGAGGACAAGAUUGAAGGAGCAACGAGUAAGGUGGCAUAUAACCGGGCACAAGAUAAGUUCAGGUGGGACAAGAUGACAAGAGUGAGGAAGGAGCCAUUCGAAGUGGGAGACACGGUGCUGUUGUAUGACUCAUCGCUGGAGAAACAAUGGUCACGGAAGUUGGAUAAGCGGUGGUUGGGACCGUACAAGGUGGCAAAAGUCGGAGAGCAUGGCGCGUACCAGAUUGAGGAAAUGGAUGGAACAGCCUGGAGAGAUUGGGUGUCAGGCUCGAGGCUGAGGAAGUUUGUUGCUCGAGAUGAGGACCAGGCUGCAAGACAGAAGGAAUUGGACAGACAAGAAAGGGUCACCGGGGAACAGGAGAUCAGAGCAGAAGUUAGGAGGAAGAACCUGGAGGAACUCCACAGGAAAGUGGAACAAGGAAAGCGGCCAGUGGACUUGAAAGACAGAAAUGAAAAGAGUGUGAGCAGCCAGCAGGAAGAAGACCCUCCUCUACUCUCUGAAGCGUGGGAGAACUUUGAUAGGUUGAUGGGAGCUGCGAGAAGACCCGAGGGACCUCAACAAGAGAUGGGGGUGAAGUUGGUCUUCACAGACUUACUCAUAUUGAAGGGAGUAAUGAAUGAAGGAUUUGCAGCCGCACGAGCAUCAGAUCAAGAGAUUGGAGAGAGAUUGACCAAGGUGGCACAGAAGGCCUAUAGUCAGGGGGUGGAAUGGGAGCAGGAGGUCAAAGAGUUGAAGAAGAACCAAGAGAGACAGGACCGCGAGCUUGACGCGAUGAAAGUGGAACUGGAAAAGGCUCAACAGGCUUCCUUCCAGGCAAAGGAGGGAAAGUGGGAGAAGAGAAUUAAGGAGCCGGAAGCGAAGCUCGAGCAGAAGGCUCCCACAACUUUGGUGGAUUGGACUGAGGUCCAAGGAUUUGAAAUGAAGAGGUCAACUGCAGAGGAAGCCUUUAUAAGUCAGAAGGAGGAAGAAAAGGGCGAUCUACAGGGAGGAGAAAAUGUGCCUCUGCUGGAUAAAGAGAUGCUGCAGCCUCAGGAGAUGCACAUGGAAGGAAAAACCAAGAGUGAGGAGUUUGAUUGGCGGAUGCCGUCCACUGUGACACUUCAGCAGGUUCGAAGGGGGCAAGAUGUGACACAACAGGCAGAGGUGGUGAGAGAUGAGGGGCCACUGCCUAUUGAUCGGAUGGUUGCUGAGGGGCAGAUGAUCCAGAGGAGCAAGGUUGAGACUGAGCAGGGAAUAGGCCAAGAGACCUGUCAGGACUCUACCAUGCCUCAGGGUACGCCUUUGGUAGCAGAUUUGGAGGAGGCAUUGGGCUCGUGGGCCACAGGGUCUGGUUCAGCAGUACGAGCGAGUGGGUCAGCGAGACAGACAUAGGAGAGAGCAGCCUGCCCCACACCAUUAGAGACCCCCCAGCACGAGGUUACGAGCGAAGCAACGACAG